AUGCAAUCCGCCAUCGGACUUCUUCUGUGAGUCUUUCUUUUAUCAGCGACUAAUAUCUGGAAUAUACUGGCUGACCACUGGCCAUUUUCGUACUACUAUUAGUGUACAAUUUCCAGAUCAUUGAGCACUAGAAUUCCAAAUCCAAUAAAAAAACAAACAUUUCCAGGGUUAUCGCCUCGGUUUCGCAAGCUCAAACACUAUCGGUAAGUCUGAUCAGGACGCCGAGUCUAUCUCAUUCCUACUAUACGAACUUCUACUUUUUGCAGGUUGCCACCAGCUGUGCCGUCCCACCAUGCCCGGUCUAUGAACCUCUUCCAGUUGCCUGUGCGGCUCCUCCGUGUCCUGCUCCAGUGGCCCCUGUUCCGGCUCCAGUGCCAGCAUACAACCCGUACCCAUGUGCCAACCCUCCGUGCAUAGUCGUUGAGCCCACUCCGGUCGCUCCGCUUCCAGCACCGAUCCCCGCUCCGGCGUACAACCCGUAUCCAUGUGCUGCUCCUCCAUGCCCGGCUCCAAUCCUCCCAGAGCCAGUGUACCCGGUGCCAGCUCCUGCUCCGGCCUACCAACCGUACGCCUGCGCGGCUCCGCCAUGCCCAGCUCCAGUUGUUCCUGGGCCAGUGUACCCGGUGCCAGCUCCGACUCCAGUCUACGAGCCAUACGCCUGCGCCGUGCCACCGUGCCCUGCUCCAAUGGCCGCUCCAGUCUACGCUCAGCCAAUUCCAGCCCCGGCCCCAAGAGCAAUUCCUGUCUACGCUGCUCAAGCCUGUGCUCAGCCACCAUGCCCAGCAUACAACCCAUACGGAUACCAAUCGGCUCCAGCCUACGCUCCGGCCUACGCCGGACCAGCCUACGCAGGACCAACUUACGCCGCUCCGGCCUACAACCCGUACGCACAAGUGUUCCGUGCUCCAUUCGCCGCUGCUCCUGCCUACUACCCAUCUCCAUUCCGCAGAGCCAUGCUCCUUUUGGGAUCCAACAAGGGAAAGAAGGUCGCCACAGAGGAGAAGAAGAAGUCCGAGUGA